AUGAAUUCAGACACACUAGAUUCGAAGUACAAUGUGGAAAACAAACAAGUUGUCUCGAAAAUAUCUCUAAAACUGAAACCCACUCCGAUUUUAUUCGCAAACAACGGACCUCCGCCUGCCAAGAGAAUCAAACUAUCCGAAAACGGCUUAGCCAAACGAGCGAUAACAUUUGGCAAUGGCAAUAAUAAUAUCAACAACAAUCAGAAACCAAAAAUUAGCGUCCAGGAUCAGAAAAGACAGUUGCCGAUAUUCGCCAAUAAAAAUAAACUAAUAGAAUUGAUUAAAAGGCACGAUACACUGAUUAUUUUGGGGGAAGCAGGAAGCGGCAAGACUACACAGAUACCCCAAUACAUCAACUCGGCAGGGCUGCAAGGAAAUGGACAAAUUGCUAUUACGCAGCCUAGAAGGGUUGCUGCUAUUAGUGUGGCAAUGAGAGUGGCUCAGGAAUAUGGAAAUGGGAUGGGUAUAGGUGAUUAUGUAGGUUACACAGUGCGUUUUGAAGAUUGUACUACAAAGAAAACCAGAAUCAAAUUUGUCACUGACGGUAUGCUUCUUCGAGAAGCGAUGAAUAACCGUUUACUGAUUGACUAUACUGUAAUUAUGUUAGACGAGGCUCACGAGCGCACAUUACACACUGACGUACUAUUUGGCAUUGUUAAAGAGGCCCAAAGAGUUAGGGAACAACGGAAACUGACACCUUUAAAAAUUAUAAUCACUUCUGCCACAAUGAAUGUAGACCACUUUUCCAAAUAUUUCAACAACUGCAAAGUAGUUUAUAUCGAAGGCCGGACUUUUCCUGUGGAUAUUCACUUUGCGAAAAAACCUCAAGACGACUAUCAAACCAGCUGUGUUGCAACAUUUUUCCAAAUACAUAAGGAAGCCCCACCAGACCAUGAUGUUUUAAUAUUUCUCACUGGCCAAGAAGAAAUUGAAACUUGCGCCCAUCAAAUUCGUCUUUUGGCCAAAGAUCCUGAAACCGAAGGACCUCCAGUUAGAGUGUGCACUCUUUAUGCAGCCCAGCCAGGUUUGCAGCAAAUGGCCGUGUUUAAUCCCGCUCCGGUUGGUGUUAGAAAAGUGAUUAUCAGUACUAACAUUGCUGAAACUAGUGUCACUAUUAGUGGGAUUAAAUAUGUUAUUGAUAGUGGGAUGGUUAAAGUGAGAACCUUUCAUCCAUCUACAGGCCUGGAAUUAUUAAAAGUCCAAAGAAUAUCCAGAGAACAAGCAGAUCAAAGGACAGGUAGGGCCGGUAGACAAUCGCAAGGAUUUUGCUACAGAUUGUACACGAAAUCGCAAUUUGAACUGAUGAACAAGAGUACGGUUCCGGAAGUGCAAAAGGCCAACCUCAAUACGGUGGCCUUGCAAUUGUUGGCUUUGAAAUUGCACAUGUUGAAUUUUGAUUUUAUGGAUGCGCCCCCUAAGGAGUCCGUUGAGGCUGCUUUUCGCCAGCUGAAAUUAUUGGGAGCAAUCGAGGAAUGUGUUUCCACUGAGUUGACUGCAUUAGGAAAAAAGAUUGCCAAGUUUCCAUUAGAUCCUAGAUUUAGUAAAAUAUUAAUUAUGGCAGAAAAAUUCAGUUGCGUUAAAGAAGCCAUAAUAGUGGUUUCCCUUCUUUCAAGUGAAUCUAUUCUCUUAAAUCCCCCCUCCAGGAGGGAGCAAGCACAAUUAGCUCGACAAAAAUUUCGUUCUGGACACGGAGACCAUGUGACGCUAUUGAACAUCUACAAAGCCUUUGAAGGUGUUGGAAAAAAUAACAUAAGACUUUGGUGUCAUGAGCAUUUUAUCCAUAUGAAAAAUAUUAUGUACGUGAGUGAAGUAAAGGAGCAACUCCAAGAAAUUUGCAGAAAAUGUGAUAUACCCAAUUCAACGUGCGCUAGCCAAAUAGACCAAUUGAGAAAGUGCCUAUUGUCAGGUUUAUUCAUGAACGUUGCGGAAUUGUACAGGGACAGACAAUAUAUUACCCUAGAUAAACGUCAAGUUACCUUAAUUCAUCCUAGUUCAGUGGUGCACGGUCAGCAACCGCGUUUUAUUUUGUUCACUGAAGUUGUUCAAACAACCAAAUGCUACCUCAGAGAUCUGACGACCAUUGAAGGCGAUUGGAUGGCAGAAAUUGCUGCAGAUUAUGCUAAAAAGCAUAGUUUUAAGUCUAGUAAUGGGAAUACUUGA